AUGCAAAACGAUCGUUAUCAGUCACCAACCGUAGAUCGGGUUGUCGACGACAAAUUGCCAUCCGACACGAGGCGAGAAUUGGAGAAGCACAUUGUCUUGAGUGACGCAUCACAUACGACGGGGCUAGGAUCAAAAACGCGUAUCCUACGAGCUUCGGACGUUCUGUUAUCCUUAGCGGGCAGAUCGACGAGCGAUCCGCAGGAACCAUCGGUUGCGGUUGAGAGUUUCCAGGAAGUGCUUCGUGUGUAUCCACCGUUCCGAGAUGAUGAUGGCGCUAUUCUUGGGGCGGUCGAUAUCCGAUGCCCGGACUGUGAUGCGGUUUUUUCCUCCUCGAAGGAAUUGGAGCAACAUUACCUGACCAAGUACUGUCCUGGGACUGCGGUUGCCGUAUAUGUGAUGACACGAGAUCGUUUAAUUACAAAAGGCUAUCGUAUGGAGAAGCGCUUCAUUCCACUAGGCUCUCGACCAGUUCGAUUCUACUGCGGUAUUUGCGAGAGACACUUUGCCGUCGACGACGAUAAACCCCUAGACAGACAACGAUAUGCACCAUCAUACGUUGAGUGCAGACAUUGUGGAGAAAAGUGCAACAUCUCAUAUGAGCCUGUAUUGAACGACCCGCGGGACGACGUCCGAGAUACCCAGGGGGACAUUGCAAGUCCCAUCGACAGCCGAACUCCCAGCAUCUCUCAAAUGAGCACCCGAGGACUCAAGUCCCCGGCAGCGACAAACCCUCAUGACCAGUCGAUCGUAAAGAAGGUCAAAAAGAUCCGAGAUUCGUGGUCGUUCAGAAAGUUUUCUCAAAGUGACGAAGAUGAGCUAGUGGCAAUCAGCUUUGCAGGUUUUUAUGAUCUAGAAAGAGUGCACGCUCCAAACGGCUUCUAUCAGCCCUUUGAAGGCAGCACGACAGGGACACAUCCCAGUCAGUCAGCGAUGAGUGUCACUUCGAGUGCAAUUAAUGACGUAUCAACAUACGGAUCGAAGAGCUCUGGUCUAGCUCUCUGCGAAAAUGAACAUCAUAGGAAUGAUAUCCAUGGCUCAGAUGGCGAACUAUUAGAUGACAGUCAAAACGAAGCAAUACCUCGCAGACAGUCUUUUCUGGAGAAAAUCUUUGGUCGGAGGGUCUCCAAGGGCAUAUCACGCGCACGUUCAACAUCGGGCCGACGCAAGAAAUUGAUCAAAAAAGCAAAUAGUAUCCGAUUCUCUUUCGUCAACAAAUACUCAAGGAGCGAAAGUAGGGCAGCUACGCUUGAAAGCGUACGAACUUCGCUAGAGGUGGAAAAGGCAGCAGAAUUCAGACAACAGGCGAACCAAACACCUCUUCAAGAUGCCAAAUACGUUGCCGCAUUGCGAGAAACUCAAAACAUAUACAUUCACGUGCAGUAUAUAUCUGGGGGGAUUGUAGUCCACGAUGCAUCUGGACGUCAAAGAAUACUCCAAAUGGACGAGGCGGCGCAACUUUUCUCACAACUGAGGGAUGAGCUUGCGGCUACUACUGUCUGGUCACAAGCUCUUCUGACGACUCGACUCCGAGCAGAGGCCUCUUUGAGGCAAGCAAACUGUCGAACAGCCGUAGUGGAAUAUCAUGACGCCCUGAAAAUUCUGGAAGCCGCUCCAGCGCUCGAUGACGGCAAACUGGCGCGAGCUACCGUUCUGCAUUCCAUGGGACAAGCAUAUCACAACCUUGACAUGCCCACCCAGUCGGAAGCCUGUUACCUGGAGGCCUUAGGGCUUUAUAAGCGGGCGCUUGGACGUGAUAGCCCUAAGAACUUUGCUGUUCUGCACGACCUCGGGGCUCUAUACGAGAGAGACGGGUACGCCACAGAAGCAGCGGCAUUAUAUGAACGCUCCUUCGCAGGUCGAUUGAAGAUGCUCGGCCACAAUGCGCCUGAGACUCUGAGUACCAUGCAGGAUCUUGCUUCUCUGAAGGUUUUACUAGGCGACUUGGAAGCUGCUUUGCUCCUAUUGGAGAAAGUGGUUCCAGCACUCGAAACCGUCUUUGGUCUCCAACAUGCAACGACAUUGAAUGCGAUGAAUCGUUUAUCUAUCUUGUAUCAGAAACUUGGUUUGGGCACGGAGUCCCGCACAUUAAGCAACAGGACCAUUCCACACUGCAGAACAUUCUUCGGCAUCAAAAGCCCUAUCACCAGAGACGCAGUUGUCCGGUAUUUCCAAGACUCUAAUAAUUUUGACUUCCCCACUGAUAUCCAAGACAUUCUCGACCACUACCAACGAUCCCGAGAUCCAGACUCCCUAAAAGUCAUUCACCAUCUAGGGAUAUCAUACAUGGAUAAUGGUCUCAACCAUGACGCAGCAGAGCUUUUCGAAGCACUAGUCGAGAAGUUCCUGACCAUCAAAGGCCCUGAAGCUUCGGAGACCUUCGAUGCACUCAGUGCGCUAUGUGUCUCUCGGGAACAUCAGGACUCCAUCGACAAGGCGAUUCUUGCAUACAAACAGCUCAUCCAUAUGGCAAGUAGAACACCAGCGGACCAUCCCUCGCGGAAAAGAAUCGGAUAUGCAGAGAGGCGAAUCUCGAACCUCAACCGCCGACGGGAGAUCCUCGCUGACGAACGAAAAGCAUGGUCACUACAUGAGCCAGCUCAAUGUGGGAACUGCGGAACUACCACGAAGAUUAUCUGUAACACCUGCAAAAUCUUCCGUUUCUGUAAUGAAAUCUGCCAGAAGCAAGCCCUCCAAGCCCAUUUCCCCUACUGCAUUCCAUCUGUCUCCCUCCGAGAAUCCAAAUCCCUCGCGGUGAGGCCCAGAUGCCCCGUCUCCGUACGCGACCAAGCCAUCUCCAAAAUCCGCCGUGUCGACAAAACCAAAUCCGUCAACGUAACAGCCAGCUAUACCUUCUAUCUCGACCCCCGGAACUUCACAACCUUCCGAAUGAAGCUCAACUCCGACACCAAUACUGUUAUCCUCUUCUCCCUCGACUGCGACAUCCAGUACGCCACCAUUGACAACCCCCUCCUAGGUCCUAAUCAAGGAGACUCCCGCAGCGGAUCCACCUCUCCGUCGUCAACCUCUUCCUCGGCCGACCUCAACGGCGUCCGAUGGCUCUCCCCAGACAGACAAGAAGCCAUUGUCUACGUACCCACCGAAAUGCCCCAGCCGCAAGCCCGCUACGUGCUCGUCACCCCGGGGAGAGAGAUGCUCAAAUCCAUCAUCGAGAAGCGAGUCAGUGUGCGCGGUAGCGGCGGCGACAAGGAACGGUUCCAGGCGCUGGAGCUACCCGAUGACGAACUGAUGGAGUUCGCGCAGGGGUUGCUUCUUACCGGGUUUUUGGGUGAGGUGUUCAUGCAUGUUGUCGAGUGGGUAUGGAAAUAA